AUGUGCGGCAUUGUGUUGUCAAGGCGAUAGAAAACUAAUGGCUGCCGUUUCACUCAAGUUAGUGUAAACAUCACACGGUAGAGAGAGGACACAUAAACAGUAUGGCGGCCAUAUUGCCGCCUAUAAAGGGGGCUGUCCCGACCCGUAAGGGUCAGCAACAAACUGAGUAUAUUCCUAGCCCACCACGAACUGGUCAAGCAUCUGGCCGGCUUGUAUCACUUAAACAUGGAAACAAGGAACAGCGCAUGUUUGAACGCCGUAUGCAGCUAAGAGCAGAACAACCUCCGCUGAAUAAACAAGAAACAUCUGUAUAUCGCAACACUUACAAACAUAACUUAUGUCUGGACAUGUUAGAGGAAGGAUUCCACAUGUCUUUCCGGGAACUGUUUGCUCUAAUAAAGCAACAAGAAGAUGACCGCCAGAAUGCUGGUCCGGAGUCGAUCAUGUGGUCGCAAGUAAUGCUGAAGGAUGAACAUGAAAAACUUGAUAUGCUGAAAAUAAACCUUACAAAGUCUGAAGCUGCAGAUAGGAAAGGUAUCUAUGCAGAUGUGUAUAAAGCACGCUACCAGCUUGCUCAGUACUUUUCUUCAACUGGAGACAAAUGGUUGGCAGAUCAUUUUUUCCUGACAUGUCUGCAGACCAGCACCAUGGUGGAAGAUGAUGGUGGUCGGACGAGGGCAGAAGCAUUCUGCAACAUGGGACUGGCACUUGAAGAAAGUGGGGACUACUUGGAUGCAUCAGAACAUCUAGAGGCCUACCAUGCUCUGUCAUCAGAGAACCAUGGCUGGAUGAAAGAUAGUACUCUUACUUUCUACACCGAUGCAUGUGUUAACUUGUAUCGUAUUUACACCAUGAUUGGCCGGCGCAUCGAGGACAGUGACCCUGAAGCUGCACUCGAUCUUCUCUUGAAGGCCCUCAACAUGUCCAAAGACAGUGAAGACAAGCAUCUGGAGGGUGAGGCUGCCUACACUCUGGGCCUCGCAUACGAGAGAGCUGGUGAUGGAGAAACAGCACUAUUGCAUCUGAACAGCUUCCUGCGUACAUGUCGUCAAGCAGAGGACCACGAAGGCAUUGGGAGGGCAUGUGAUGCUAUUGCUAAGGCUUAUGCAAGACAGGGCAAGGUUGAUGAGAGCAUAGAGUACCUGAAGCAGUUUGUGGAUACAGCUGAGCAGAGCGGUCAGGAGACUGCCUUCAGUAAAGCAUGUCACAAUCUUGGCAGUGUCUUCAACUCACUGGGUCGUUAUGAUGAAGCAAGCGAGUACUUUAGCAAGGCCUACAACAUUUCCCGGUCUAUGGGUGAAGCCAGUGCUAUCCAUGUUAACCGGGUGCAGUACGGCAUCUCACUGGCACACCGGAUGAUGGCACGGUUUGCCAAGCAUGUGGAUGAGGGGAAUCGGUCGUGUAUGGAGAGACUAACGGAGUGGAAGAGUGCCCGUGCCGAUGACUUUGACAAACCCUUGCCAGAUCCAAAUGCUGAGACUGCUGCUGAGGCUGUGAAGCUGCCUGCUGUCGACAGUGCAGAAGAAGAAGAGGAAGACAAAAAACAGUCAGCUUUGGAGGAGGAGGAGGAUGGGGAAGAUGGGGAGGCACAGCCCGAGGGGGAGGUGCAGCCAGAGGGGGAGAAGGAGGUGACGCAAGCAAGCACCCUGACCACAACCACAGAAGACACUCAGAGCCUGGCAGAGUAGUUCGGGGUACAACACGUCAUGAUUGGAAGGGAGGGGAAGUAUUCGCUGUAACAAAACAAGGGGUGGCGAUUUCAAAUGAUAGCAUUUAAAGUGUGAGUUGAAAAUUGGUGAUUUUUAUAUCUAUAAAGGGAUACUACAAAAAAGUUUCUUUGUAUAUUUUUUUUAAUGAAAAUGUUUUUAAAAUAUGGCUGUAUUAAAAUAGUAUUAUCCAGAAAAUGAAACCAAUCCACAAAAAGGGAACGACGUGUAAGGUUUGACCCUGAAACAGUUGUUGUUCUGGCAAUGAGCAUGCUUCUUAAGAACACAUGAUCAAUAUGCACUGAAAUGUUGUAAACUGUCGUUGCAAAUGAAACAUAUGUUCGAAUAUUCAGCAUCUGUAUUUCUAAAUGGACACCAAAUUUGUUCUAGAAGUCAUUCCUGGACACGACCCACAUUCUGUGAUAUAAGCUUAGCCUUGACUGAUAGACGUCACUGCAUAGAGUUCCAAAGUAUUUUGUACAUAGCUUUACUUGAUUCCGUCCGGGUAUACACUUGUUACGUUGUGUCUUACUUACUUCCGUAUAUAUUGUCUUGGCAUCACCAGCCAUAUCUGGAUGUCUGAUGGUGUGAUUUAUGUUACAGUGACAACCUCAAUACCAGAUAACCAUUAAUUGUCCAAUAAAACCUGUGUUAUAAAUAUC